GUAAUACUCACGGAGGCAGCAGUGGAUCUUGGUUUCAUGGAUUAAAGGAUCGGAAAAAAUCUGUUGCUGCAGGAGCAGCAGCAGCAGCAGCAGCAAGUUCGUCAUCGACACCCAUGCCCAACAAUCAAUUACCACUGUCUCCUUCCUCGCAACAGCAAGCAGAACAGUAUACGAACGCGUCAUUUGCUACAGCAGCAACGGACGGUCCAGGACAACGUAGCAGUUUACUAAGUAAUAACAGUGCAAGCACUGGCACAAACACAAAUCGUUGGAGUCGGACGUUCAAGCGUUUAUCCAUGCCCUUUUCUCAUCAACAUGAUACAAUCAUGAUGCCUUGGUCACAGUCGUUCCAGUUACAUUCAUCCACACAUCACCACUCGUCCCAUCAUUAUCACAACAAUAAAAGUAACAACAACAGCAACAACCAUCAUCACAGUCAGCAACAAGUGCCACAAGCCACUUUGGAUCCUGAACAAGAAAAGGAAAGCACCGUUGUAUUUACUGUCGAGACAUUUGUUGCAGCAAAUGACGUUAUUGGUCUUCGAUACUCGAAACUCGAUGGAUCUGCCAAAGUAUUCAAGUAUGCCAAAGGCUGGAUCACUGGUGUACUAGCUUACAAUACCGAAUUUCAUUCACAACAGCAACAGCAACAACAAUAGCCCAUUUAUUAAUAUAUACUCACACUGCACACUCACUAACGCACAUUUGAGCAUCACACAGUACAAUGUCCCAAUUCCAAAAUUCCUCUGUUGUUAUUAUUUCCGUUCUAGAAGAUACCUCUUUUGUUCUCUUUCUUUUCGUUUUCAAGGAAUUUCCCUAUUCUUUCUUGUUCUUUCAUUUCACAAACCUUUGUAGUACUAGUAAGCUGGCAUAGCAUUUUGACAUAACAGAAAAAAAAGGCGGGUUUGUUAUCUAGUUGUUCUUGUGUAAGUUAUUGAUUCAAAUAAAAAAAGGAAGA